GAUGCUCGCUCGCGACUUCAUAGAGGAUUCGCUGUAUAACCCGAACUACGGAUACUUUCCGAAGCAAGCUACUAUUUUCAACACGCAGGAUACCACCUUUGAUUUCCAAAGCUUCCGCGACUCGGCGGAAUUCCAGGAAGAGGUCGCUUCGAAGUACGCUGCUUAUGGGGCAGACACGUAUGAAGGUCCUGGACGUCAGCUGUGGCACACUCCGACGGAAUUGUUCAAGCCGUGGUACGGCCGCGCCAUUGGACGGUGUCUCGUCUCUGAGUACCUACUCAAAUAUUUCCCGUAUGAAGACUUCGUGAUAUACGAAAUAGGAGCUGGAAAUGGGACAUUAGCCCGGGAUAUUUUGGACCUUCUUCAGCAAGAUUACCCAGAGGUCUACGAACGGACGCGCUACAGUAUCAUCGAGAUCAGCGAGAGUCUGGUCAAGUUACAGAAGCAGAAGCUUCAGAAGCUCCACCCAUCUGUAACCAUCACUCACCAGAGUGUUUUUCGUUGGGAAACAAAUGAACCAGCUCCUUGUUUUUUCGUGGCCAUGGAAGUCAUGGAUAACUUUGCCCAUGAUGUUGUCCGGUAUGAUAUGCGUACCUUCAAACCUUAUCAAGGCGUUGUUACUGUCAACAAGGAUGGCGACUUCGACACCGGGUCGAAUAUCCUCAGGAACAUCUACAACGCCAUGCCCUUCGCCCCGAAUUUGUCUCCAGCGGAGUAUAUCCCAACACGUUUGCUCAAUCUCCUCCAGACUCUCCGCAAUCACUUCCCUCGGCACCGACUCCUCUUAUCCGAUUUCUCCUCAUUGCCGGAUACGAUUCCCGGAGUGAAUGCCCCAGUCGUUCAGACCCGGUUCCAAAAUAUCACAGUGCCGUGCUCCACACUCCUCGUCAAGCAGGGAUAUUUCGACAUAUUCUUCCCGACAGACUUCGAGCGACUGCGAGAUAUGUACGAAUAUACCCUAUCUCAGCCGCCAUUAGACCUAGCAUCAACGAUGGACGACUUGGCUGCUGGGCGUAUCUCACCUCUUACUUCAACAGCAACACCAUUCGCCCUUGGUUCCAACUACUUUUCAUCAUAUCAACCAAAUAAUCGGCGUAGGCCACUUGACGGUGUUGCAUCGGCGAGCGGGCUACCCAUUGGUGAGCGCAAAUCGAGCGUGUUCUCCCACUCCCAAUUUCUGGAAACCUACGCCGAGUUGGAAAAGACAUGUUUGCACAAUGGGGAAAACGCAAUGCUUGACUUCUAUAAGAAUGUCAAGUUCUUGUUCUA